CUCUGAUUGGUCCUCCGGAAAAAAAUGAAAACGACAUUAAACAAGAUGGCGCCGGGGCGACAGAGAAAAGUGAUGAGAGAAUAGAAAAAACAAGAGACACAACUACAACAACAGAGUGAAUUUAUUCAAACCCAGCGCGACUGAUUCAAACCAGACUCGUAUAUUAUCACCGGGAAGCUGUCAGCCACGCAGUGAGGGACCGCACAGAGAAACUAUCCCGCUGUUUGCUGAGUAAGUAGCCGUUAAAGUAGCCAGCCGAGCUAACGGUCGCUAACUGCGGAAGGCGAGUUGAGGAGGCAGCUCGAAGUGCGAGCCGACAAGAAAAGUCAAACCAGCUCUUCGUUUGAGACAUUAACAACCCUCGGUGGAGUUUGCAGCACGGACGAGAGUCACCCCAAACCAAGAGGUCGGUCAGUCGGUCAGGAAAUUGACAUUAAACCUCUUGAUAAGGGGGUGAAAAGACGAGGAAAGGCGUCAUCUUCUCUGAUCUGACGCCAUGGCUCAUUCCCCCAUUCAGAGCGGACUCCCGGGCAUCCAGAAUUUCAAAGCCGAUCCAGAGGCGCUUUUCAACAAGCUGGAGAGGAUAGGCAAAGGCUCUUUUGGCGAAGUCUUUAAAGGCAUCGACUGUCGGACUCAGAAAGUCGUGGCCAUUAAAAUUAUCGAUCUGGAGGAAGCGGAGGACGACAUCGAAGACAUCCAACAGGAAAUCACAGUUCUGAGCCAGUGCGACAGUCCCUUUAUCACCAAGUAUUAUGGAUCCUAUCUGAAGGGCACAAAAUUAUGGAUUAUUAUGGAGUAUCUGGGUGGAGGGUCAGCCCUGGAUUUGUUGGAACCAGGCGCCCUGGAUGAAACGCAGAUCGCCACGAUUCUGAGAGAGAUCCUGAAAGGCCUCGAGUAUCUGCACUCUGAGAAGAAAAUCCACAGAGAUAUCAAGGCUGCCAACGUGUUGAUGUCAGAACAAGGCGAUGUGAAGCUGGCAGACUUCGGAGUAGCUGGCCAGCUGACAGACACCCAGAUAAAAAGGAACACAUUUGUUGGUACUCCUUUCUGGAUGGCACCUGAAGUAAUAAAGCAAUCUGCCUAUGAUUCAAAGGCAGACAUCUGGUCAUUAGGAAUAACGGCAAUUGAACUGGCUAAAGGAGAGCCGCCACACUCUGAGCUCCAUCCUAUGAAGGUCUUAUUCCUCAUCCCAAAGAACAAUCCACCAACACUGGAAGGAAACUACAGUAAACCACUUAAAGAAUUCAUCGAAGCCUGUUUAAAUAAGGAGCCUAGCUUUAGGCCAACUGCCAAAGAGCUGUUAAAACAUAAGUAUAUUGUAAGGCAUGCCAAAAAGACAUCCUAUCUGACAGAGCUGAUUGACAGAUACAAGAGGUGGAAGUCAGAGCAGUCUCGGGACGAAUCCAGCUCUGACGGAUCCGAUGAGGAGUCAGACGGCCAGGCAUCUGGAGGAGGUGACUCUGGCAAUGACGACUGGAUCUUCAACACUAUCCGGGAGAAGGACCUAAAUAAGUUUCAGAACGGGGCAGCAAAGCCCGCUGAGCUCGAAAGGAAACCGGUGCAGGAGAGUCCAAAGAGGCCUUUGUCACAAAGCUUAUCAACAAUCUUUUCUCCAUUGUUUACUGAGGACGGUCUGUCAUCGUUGCAGUUGAAAGAAAAAGGCGUGACAAGCAACGGCAAGCCAGAGGCCGCGGAAGAGCUGCGAGAGGCCAUUUUCCUGGCAGAAGACACGCACCCGGGGAUCUGCGAUUCCCUGGUAGCUGAACUAGUGCAGAGACUUCAGAGGUUUUCUGUGCCACACGCAGCUGCCACUCACUGAGAGGAGAGACGUCCAGCUCUGCUCUAAAUUUCCACCCUGGUGGCAGCAGUCAGAUCUUUUUCCUCUGACCUCCACAGCCCGGGAUGAAGUCUCCCAGGGAAGGUCUCCUAUCACUCAUUUGCCUGAAGCAAGUCCCGGCCUACUUAAUAUCUGUUUUAUACGCUAGCACACCACCAGAGGGUCCUAUUCAGGACAGUCAGUGGUCAGCCACUCAACUGCCACCAUGACUGCCUCCUGCUGUAAGAUGUCCUUUCUCAAUACCUCCUUCACAACUGUUUUGUUUAUUUUGUUUGUUUAUGUUAAGAGUGGAGUUAGCUAUCUUUCUGCAAGGACUCGGUUUUGAUGAGUUUGUGGCUUUUUUUCACAAAGGUCCACGCUCAGCAUCCUUUCAGAGGAAAAGUACCUUGCCUAAUUAAUUGUGUGCGUGCGUGUGUGUGUGUGAGAUAUCCUGUGAAACGUGCGGUGAAGAGUGAUGAGUGGGUUGAAUCGUUCUAUUGAAAACUCAGGUAUCCUGCUUUAAGUGGAUUGGGGGGUGGGGGGGUAGUCCUCUGGGAGAUGGAAAGAGCUCUAUAGGGUGGCUGUACAGACUUGUAAAUAAGCUAAUUUCUACAGAUUCAUGAAAAAAUAAUGGAGCGUUUGUAAUGGAACCACUGUGUACAAAAAUGGCCAAAUGCAAACUGUAGAUAAUGAUUGUGAGGUAAAUAUUUUGAGAGACUAAAAAUGGCCAUACAUGAGAUUGCCUUGCCUUUCUACUUGUUCUUUUUUCUUUUUUUUUUUUGUAUAUCAGUCUUUGGUUUCUCCAGUUGUAAAACUUUUUAAGUAAUCAUCCAGCGAAUGAAAAUGGCUGCCCUCUAUCAUGUUUUACUAUUGAUUUAUUAUAUAUCUCUUAAUUCUCUUUAACUUUUUUUGGUUUCAUACUCUAUGCUGUGGCUGUAAUAAUGUUGGAGAAUGAAAAAAAACAAAAGGCUGGAUCGCUGAAGCUCACCCCCAGUUUUAAACACUGGACGCCAGCCCUGAUUCCAGAUUCCACGAGGUGUCGAGUUGUGUCGGUCUAUUGGACUUUUUUUUUUUUCUCCUUUUUGUUUUUACUGUGUAUUUUUGACUGGUUAGACAAACUGAGUCAAUUCAUUCCAUUAACAGGGCAGUGCCAUCAUCUAGUUUCUAAAUCAGCAGACUCUGUUAGUCUUCCUAGGAGCUGCAGUGGUACUAUCUAUCUCCUCAGCGUACCUACAGCUUUAAUUGCACUUCAAGUAUAAAAUGCCUUUUGACUAUAAACAAAGUAGCCAUAAAACAGUAGCACGAGACUUACGGUGUUUCGCAGGUAUCUGCUAUCUGAGACGAAGAAGUCCACCAAGUCUCACAGCUUGGACUCUGGAGUGUAAGAUUCUGCCUGGCUGUAUCUUUCCAUUGGGACUUGUGAGAGGUUUUUCAGUUUGUACAGUAAGCAUAGCUUCUCACAUCGUAGACGACACUGCUCUCAGAUGUACAUAUUAACAUAAAAGCCAGGAGGUGUUCGGAGACCAGCGGCACUGCUACUACUUCUGACUGUAGUUUAAAAGGAAUUUGCAUGAUAGUAUAACAGUAUAAAGACUUAUUGGUUUGGCCUGAGCAGUAUGCGUUGUAGCACACUGCGACAGGACCUGAGGAAUGUCGAGUCAUGAACAGAGUUGAAUCAGCCUUAGAGUAUUUGUGAUGAAUGGGAUGAAUAGUAUCAGCUUUAAAAUGUUAGAUCAAAUGUUUUUUGUUUUGUUUUGUGAUUUCUUCUUUUUCCCCCUCUGGCUUUAUGCAGCAGAACUUUAAAUGACAAAUGAAAAAAUAUCAAACAUGUCUUUCAUUCCUCGCCAGAACAACGUGUGAACAAACGGACUCAAUUUUCUUCUUCUCAGCCGAGAAGACUUAAAUUAAAUCCUCUAGAGUCAGAUGAUUUUUAUUUUUUAUUUUUUUGCCACUGGGCAGUAUAUGGUACACAUUACACAGAGCAGGUCAAAGAGAGAGUUCAACAUUUUGGAGAAUUAGAUGACAAGAUGAUCAAGGCUACAUCUGGCUUCCUCUUAGCACAAAGACUAGAAAUUGGGAAACAGUGAGGCUGGCCUCUGUCCAAAGGUGACAAAAUCUAACGUUCACCAAUUAAAACAUUAAAAGCAGUUAGUUUAAUCUGUGAAGUGUGAAACUACAGUUCAACAUUUUACAGGAGCUUUAUGUGCCGGACUGUUGCUAAGUAAUUUCCUCGAGUCCUGGCCCAGAAAUGCUGAUUUAUUGCUAAUUAGACAAACAUAUAACGGGAACUUUAGAGGAGCAGGUAGACAGCUUUUGUUUUGAGUCAGGGUAGCUCUUUCCCCGUUUUCAGUCUUUGUGCUAAGGUAAUCUCACGGGCUGCUAUCACCACAGCUAGUUGGCUAGAUUAACUCUCCACCAUCAAUGUCAAACUUUUGCUUUCACUCUUUAAUACUAUAAUUUAAGCAGAACAUUUCCUCCCCACCUCUCUCCAAAUACUUUCUGUUUUUUUCUGCUUUGUAGCUAUGAGUGAACACACAGUCGAACAAUUAAAAGUCAAAUUGAUUAACCAAAUCAAGAGAAGGUACCAGACUCGAGGAUUUUUGUGUUUUUCGGCUCUUCUGUGAAAGAAUCCUCUCAGCUCUCAAAGUCAAACUUCUUGUGAAAUGUGCCAUGUAAGCCCCCCAUCCCAAACUGAGACAAAUUCAAGACAAUUUGCACCUUUUACAUGGUCUGUUAUGACUCUUUAUCUUUUUAUGUGUUGCACUUUGCAGAUUUUUCCCCCCUUUUUUUGUUUUGUUUUUAAAAAUGGUACUUAAAAAAGCUGCAAUAUUAUGUUGCAAUCACAACCGUUUUAUUUUCUUUCUCCCCCUCUUUGUGUGCUGUAUGGCAAUAAAGCAGUGUGGUCGCCAGGAGUCAUUUCUUAGCACAAGUAGGCAUAUAUUCUAUUAAACUAUUUUUAUAACCUGAGAGAGCAGUAUUAUGUAAUAGAGGGAGUAAAAGUUUGGUUCUGUGAUGUGUUUAAAAGUUUCAGUAAACACUGGAUAGCAAUCACUUAAAAUGUACAUUUCAUUUUGUGUGACUCUGCUGACAGUUUAUAGUCCAGUAUACAUAUUUGUUGAUUCAGGACAGUGCUGUUGGAUUUAUUGAAAGUUGUCAAAUGAUUAAGGAAAAAAUAAAAAAAAUACCAGUACAAUUUGAUUAAAACAAAGUUUUGCCAUUGUUUGACCAA